AUGAAAAUGAAAAUGAAAAUGAAAAUGAAAAUGAAAAUGAAAGAAAAGAAAGAUGAAAUAUCCGAUAAUGAAGAUGAAAAUAAUGAACAAGAAGAGGAAGAAGAAAUUGAAAAAGAAUUUGUUCCAAAGAAACCAACUGCUAGAAAACCAAGAUCUGCCUCAACUAGAUCAAAACCAGCUGCAAAUACUAAAAAACCUAAAAAGAGAUCCAACUUAACAAUUUCAGAUAGCGAUAUUGAUAAAUAUAAACACUCACCAGUUGGUUUACCCCCACAAAUUAUUGCAUUACCAAAUAAAAGAACCAUUCUUCCAAACAUCAGGGGCUCAACAACAAUUUAUAAUAAAGAUGGGUAUUUUUCACAACUUAUACUCCCUGAAUCACCAGUUUCUAAUAGAAGCAAAGCAAAAUCAAAAUCUGAUGCCAAAGAAACAAAAGUAUCGAAAUCAAAACCAAAAGCAUCAUCGAAAAAGAAAUAAAUUAACAAAGCUAAUAAUAUUAUUUUGUAUAAUAGUAUUUAUAUAAAAAAUUAACUAAACUAUAAAUUUGUAAAUAAAUAAAUAUAAAAUUUUAAAAUCUUUUUUUUAUUAGUAACAC